CGCUUAGCACGGACACGAAUCGCUAGAAAAUGGACGUAGAAUAAACACGUAACAAAUCGACACUUUACCGACAGCGUCUGAAAUGGGCGUAGGGAACGUAGUUGCACCUCAAAAAUGCAGAACAGCGUGAAAAUCGGUGUCGGCCAAAACGUAUGGCGUGGCCGCUCUCAGGUUUUUCUCUAGUAGUAUAUAUUUUAGUGCUCCCGAUUUGCUGCUCUCCUUUUUCCGCUGCACGAAACAAAAGUGAAAUAGAAAUCCAGAAUUCUAAAAUAAUAAGCCAGAAUAAAAUGAAACAGAUAUCUAUUAAUAAAAAAGCACAGCAAGUAAAAUCUGGAAAAACAUUAAAAUUAAACAAUCAUAAGAUAAAACUUAAACGAUUAGAAGAAAUGCUUAUCAAAAAGACACAAACAAGACAGAUUGUGCAAAAGGUAAAGAAACAACAGCCACUUACAUUGAGAGAUAGAAUGAUGGCUCAAUUAAGUGCAUCUAGAUUCAGAUUCAUAAAUGAAACAUUGUACAACAGUGAUAGCUCACAAUCUAAGCAAUAUUUUAAAGAAGAUCCUGAUGCUUUCAAAGCUUAUCAUGAUGGAUAUAAACAGCAGAUUGAACAAUGGCCGGUAAAUCCACUGGAUGUGAUAAUAUCAUCUAUUAAAAAAAUGCCAACAGAUAAUAUAAUAGCUGAUUUUGGAUGUGGUGAAGCACAACUUGCUGCUUCUGUUCCUCAUGAAGUUCACUCAUUUGACUUUAUUGCUCUAAACGACAAAGUAAAAGCUUGUGACAUCAUUCAUACUCCAUUAUUAAUGAACAGUGUCCACAUUGUCGUGUUUUGUCUUUCCCUAAUGGGAACUAAUCUUAAUGACUAUCUGAUAGAAGCUAACAGAGUACUUAAAAUCAAUGGUGUCUUAAAAAUAGCCGAGGUUGAAAGCAGAUUUGAGGAUGUAGAAGAUUUCAUAAAACUGUUAGGCUGUUAUGGUUUUAAAAAUACUUGGAAAGAUUUAUCUCAUGAUUUAUUUUAUUUUAUGGAUUUUAAGAAAGAAGAAAAUAUAAAUAUGAAGAAGAAGACUCUUCCAACAGUUACUUUGAAACCAUGUUUGUAUAAAAAGAGAUAAAACUUGAUUAUAUUGUAUUAUGUGAAUAUAAUUUUAUAAAAUAAAAUUUGUAUAAAUAGUUCA